CACUGAAGUCUGAACUAGCAUCUGAACUACUAUACUGCGCCAGCAAAGCUAUAGUAGGAGACCCUAAAGAAUGGACGUGGGGUACUGAGGACAUCCGCACAUAUUUAAAGGAAAAACUGGACCAUUUCUCUGAAUGGGAUGACAAAGUGUUCGGAGAUUCAAAGCUGGAGAUUGAGGUGAAGAGAUGGAAUACUGGUAAACAAGAGGUGAAAUUGCAAUAUAUGGAUACGCCUUUUACAAUGGAUACAUUUAGAGAGAAUCUCCACCAAAAAGGAAUAGGAGCUGAGGCAUCUUAUGAUAUCAUACACUGCCUGCAAAGACUGUGGACGAUUCCAAAGGAGCCCAAGGUGUUCAAUGACCCUAUACAUGGCCACAUCGAGAUCCCUCCUUUGCUGGUCCGCAUCAUCGACACUCCUGAGUUCCAGAGGUUGCGCAACAUCAAACAGCUGAGUGGAACCUACAUGGUGUUUCCUGGUGCUUCCCACAACCGCUUUGAACAUUCUCUCGGGGUGGCUUAUCUAGCAGGUGAACUGGUUAAAACCCUUCAAGAAAAACAGCCGAAGCUAAAGAUAACAAAGCGAGAUGUUCUCUGUGUCCAAAUCGCUGGGCUCUGCCAUGACUUAGGACAUGGACCUUUUUCUCAUCUUUAUGAUGGUUUGUUCAUGAACUUGCUAAAAGAACAAAAAGAUCCAGAAGAAAAGAAAGAAAGAUCGAAAAAAUGGACGCAUGAAGUUGCUUCUGUUAAGAUGUUAGAACACCUGGUGGUGAAGAACCAUCUGGAGGGAGUGUUUUGGCUGAGUGACCUAGGUGAUUUCCAGGAUGCUCUUGACUUCAUUGGAAGACUGAUAAUGGGAGGGCCUAUAAAAGAAGGCGAGAAGGACUUCCUGUUUCAGAUUGUGGCAAACAAAGAGAAUGGAGUUGACGUGGACAAAUGGGACUACUUUGCACGGGACAGUUAUUACCUUGGCAUUGGCACAAGCUUUGACCACCGCCGUUUACUGAAGUUUGUUCGUGUAUGUACUGCCAUUGAGGAUGGAAAAAAACAUAUCUGCUACAGAGAGAAGGAGGCUGGUAACCUGUACAACAUGUUUUACACAAGACACCUCCUGCACUGUAGAGCAUACCAACAUCCUGUCAAAAAUAUAAUUGAUCACAUGAUAGCAGAAGCCUUUGUAGCAGCAAAUGACCACUUCGACAUCAAGGGAAGCCAGGAAAGCUCGGGAAGUCAAAACCCCCAAAAAAUCUCCACAGCCAUGAAUGACAUGGAGGCCUAUGCCAAACUCACAGACUCAGUCUUUGACCAGAUUCUCCAGUCUGAUGAGCCAGGCCUGAAACAAGCAAAGAAAAUCCUCCAAAGAGUUACCUGCAGAGAGUUGUAUCAUUUCAUAGGAGAGAGUCCACCUUACAAGCUAGAUACCAUCUCUAAGGAUAAACUGGUGAAGGACAUGGUGUCCGAGGUUCAGGAGAAAAAUCCCGAACUGGAAUUUAGUCCCCAGGACAUUGUUGUACAUGUGAUCACAGCAAACUAUGGCAAUAACAGUGAAGAUCCACUCACAAAUGUGUAUUUCUACAACAAAAUGGACAAAAGAAAGGCGAAAAAGAAGGAAAUGGACUCUCUUCUCCUUCCACAGACGUUUGGUGAGCAGGUGUUCCGGCUGUACUGCAAGAAGAGAGCCAGUCUGGACGCAGUGAAGACGGCCUGGAAAGAAAUACUCAAAAAUAUUAAGAAUGGAAAUCUAGAGAAGUAG